AUGCAUGGGGGAGGGGGCUUUGAAAAACACUGUGAUUAUGCGGGGUCCACUGUAUAUAUCGACAUUAUUUCAUUUGACUUAAAAACUAUUUAAAGUGCAUAUACUAGGAUAGAGUGAGUUAAAUGUGAAACAUUGUCCGGUCUUUGAAAGCAAUGUGAGGAUUAUUGAACAUGUGCUUGGUAGUUGAACAGUUGUCUGUGGGGAAAAAAAAAGCCUCAAAACACACACACAAAUGUUGGGAGACAUUGAAUUAUGUAGGACAUUGCUACCUUCCACACAUUUUAUCAUAUACCUGUACAGACUUUACUCUGUCACUCUCGUCUAUAUUGUGCUAUAAGUGGACCGUGUAUUUUAUUUUAUUUUUUUAAAUUUCCAUUUCAUUUUGUGUGUUGCCUUUAACCUCCCCGUCAGCCGUCCGACUACAUAUCAUCGGGGCUGCAAUGUUUUUUUUUCCCUCCUAACCCGAAUAAAGCAAUUUGAUUAUUUGGUGGAGUAAACAUGAGUGUUAGCAAUAAACGUUGAAGCGGAUAUUGGAACGAUUAUUCCAGCCAUUGAGUGAGGCGGCAAAUUUGUGCCUGGCCCUUUAAAAUAAACACGAGCAGAUUGGGAGGAAGUGAAGAAAAAAGUGGCUUUCGGUUCCUCUCGAAACUCCUGUAAGUAUAUACCUGUGGCCCGCACAUUGGAAAACGAAAGACUAACCUAUCCGCUACGUGUAAGGAGAGGCUCAGUACUGGUGCUUGUCCCUUAGGUGGGCACUGGACGUCUUCACGCUCCGCGCGACUCGAUUCGUCAGACAUGAUGGCAGCCAUGAAUCUGGAGGAAGAGUUAAACGAAACAGAUCGGAUUUUAGCAACCCCCAAUGGCGCUGCGAAUGAAAUGCUGGAUGUGGGCCAAGAAGACAACAUGCAGGGCCAGAUGGAGGAGUUUUUGGGUCCACAGGCAGAAUACAAUGAGGAGGAGGAAGAGAGAAAAUACUACAGGAGAAAGCGAUUUGGAGUUAUCAAGAAUGUUCUCGCAGCCAGCGUUGGAGCCAUGAUUAUGUACAGUGUGUACAUGGGGUUACUGCAGAUGCAGCUUAUCCUUCAUUACGAUAUGACUUAUCGCGAAGUAAAGUACAGCAACCUCGGUCUCGAAGACAUUGAUCGGAAGAUGCUGAGGGGAAUCAACGUCACGCCCAUAUUAGGGCUGCUGUACACCCCCAUUCUCAUCAGGUUUCUUGGAACAAAGUGGAUGAUGUUUCUGGCUUCCGGAAUCUAUGCCUUUUUUGUCUCGACCAAUUACUGGGAGCGGUACUACACCUUGGUUCCGUCUGCUGUUGCCAUCGGUGUGGCCAUUGUGCCACUCUGGGCCUCCCUUGGAAAUUAUAUCACAAGGAUGGCGCAACAGUAUUAUGAAUACGUCAACUAUAAGGAAGAGCAUGUACAGGAGCAGAAGAAGAUCCCAAAGGGAGUGUGCCACAAAUACAUCAUCAUCUUCCAGUCAAUCUUCAGUGUCAUCUUCCAUCUGAGCUUCGUCUUUGCCGAGUUCCCCAUGAGUCUCCUCCUCAAUGGCUUCAUUCUUGACGACAGUCACGUUCUCUUCAACGUCAAAAGCUGUGGGGCCAAAAUCAGUGGUGUGAUUCCAGGAUUGAACACGACAGUGCUGAGAAGUCUACCCCAGUCCAUGAAGUUGAUCAUCGUGGAAAGCGUGCUCAUGGGCUUUGCUUUCCUGUCCAUGAUCAUUUUCCUUUUGCUGUGUGGUGCUGCGUACCGCCCAACAGAGGAGAUCGAUCUGCGCAGUAUUGGCUGGGGAAACAUCUUCCAGCUUCCUUUCAAACAUUUGAGGGACUACCGCUUGCGGCUUCUCUGCCCUUUCUUUGUCUACAGUGGAUUGGAAGUCCUCUUCGCCAUCACCGGACUUAGCCUGUCCUAUGGCGUUUGUACUUUGGGCCUACAAAAACUGUGGCUCUUAAUUGUGGUCUACGGGCUGUCGUGCUCCAUCUUCUCCUUCCUGUCCCUCUGCCUCUUACGUCUCCCGCGGUGGGUGUGUCUGGCAGCAGGAGCCAGUGUCCAUUUGGUGCUGUUGGUGGUACUCAUGGUGUUUUCACCAACUCCUCCACACCAUGAGUAUGAGGCCCCUCUUCUGAUCAUUUCUAUGCUGUGGGGGCUUGGGACGGCCCUGAAUAAGACUGGAGUCAGCACCUUGCUUGGCAUUUUAUAUGCUGAGGAGAAGGAACGUCUGGACUUUGUCUACACGAUCUAUCACUGGUUACAAGCCAUUGCCAUCUUUGUAGUCUACCUCUGGUCAGAGUUGCCGAUGAGGGCUAAACUUGCCAUCCUGCUUGCAACUUUACUGCUAGCUUGCUACUGCUACUGGCUGAUGGAGCGCCGCCUUGCCAAGAAAGUGCGCCAUAGGCUGCCCCGCAUCCCUCGACCAAGACACAAGGUCAAAGGUUAUCGCUACCUGGAAGAAGGCAACUCAGAUGAGUCAGACUCAGAGAGGAGUGAGGAGGAUGACGAAAAUGAAGAGGACAGAGAGCCAGAGGAGCAAUUGGCGAAUGAGUUUCGAGCAGAGGACAUGGAGGCCGAACGCCAGGAUUCUGGCGCUCAGGAAGCUGACUCACUUCGCGUCAGGAGGAAGAGGGCAGAGAAUCACUAGCACAGGGUGGACGCCACCCAUGCGGUGGAGGGCCAGAGAGGGUGAAGAAAACUAAAUUAGGAGAAAGGGGGUGAGCAAGACGGAGAAGGAAAUCGACGUUUCAUCAUUCUUUCAAGUCUGACGCUUUCCAUAAAUGACCGAUGAAUUUGAAUAUUUUUUCAAGCUAUAAUUAGCCUCAGAACACUGACGAGGUUUAUAUGCAGUCAAGAACCAUUUCAAGACCAAAUAUUAGCAAUAUUCGGGUUUUGAAAGUCCAUGUAACGCCCACAAAAAGCCGAACAUGUUUAUAUUCGUCUUUUUAAAAUUCGAACAAGACCCCUGGGUUACUCCUUUUCCAAACACAAACAUUUGAUCGCAUAAACGCGUCUGGGAAAACCUC